AUGCGAAUCACCGAGCUCGUCGUCAAAGAGCUCAAGCUCACGAACGUCACAGAGCUCGAGCCGUUCGCCACUGUUAAUGGCGUCACCGUUGUCGAGUUGGAGGUGAGAAAAGAGGCGGCGCGACGCCUCGGCGUUUCGUGGUAAAUAUUUGAAAAAAAAACGGGGAUAUUUCAAAGUGAAUGCGCUCUGAAUUUGCAGCAAACGAGUUUCAGUUGCUUUUCAUUUGAAUUCUGGUAGAAUUUUCGAUCACAAUUUCCACUGAGCGCAUUCUCAUUGCAAUGUCACACGUUUCGCACUGAAAAUACAUGGUUUUUCAUGUUUUCUAUGAAUUUCAGUGCUGAAACGACACAAUUUUCGCUAAAAUUUCGUUGCCGCCGAAUGGGUCAUGUUGUGAAACAUUUCGAAAAUGAUAAGCAUGGCGUUGCAAACAAAUAUAAGGAAGGAUGCAUCACGGUCUCCCACGGCGCGAAUGAUUUCAAUGGGGCGCACUUGCAACAGGCGGGCUGUGUCGAUUUACGCGGCGGCCGAUUAAUUAAUUUUCAACGGGAGUUCGCGUUCUUUCCAUGUUUUCUGCACAAUACACCUAUUUUUUUGUACGCCUGGAACCUGGCGUCUCAGGUAAAUCGUUUGUAAUCGAGCUAGCUAACUCGCGUUUCUAACCGGACCUAAUUAGAUUGCUAAUUUACUGCGAUUAGAUUGCAAAUUCUUCUAACUGGACUGAUAAAUUUUCUAAUUAGACUGGCGAAGCUAAUUAGAUUGCAAAAACACUGAUAUUAGAUUCAAAAUUUAUCUAAUUAGAUUAAAAUUUCAGGCAAACCUAGCUAGAUUAUGUUUAGAUUGCAAAAUCAGCUAGUUUGAUUCAGAAGUCUGUAGCAAUCUAACUAGGUCCAGUUAGAAACGAGAAUUAGCUAGUUAGAUUAGAAACUAUUUGCCUGAGGUCGAAUAAUUAGAGCACUAGCUACGUUUUGGGAACAGAAAUCUCGCAUAUCGUUGAGAAUUAGCCGAGUUAUUUCGGUUUGAAGGUUUUGACCUGGAUUUUGAUGUUUUUCGAAUAGUUUUCGAAUACUGCUCAAGAAAACUAACCGCCGAAAAAUGAAUUUUGUAAAGAAAGAUUCAGCGAACAUUUUUAUCGUUCGUUGGGCUCAUGAAAUGCAAAAUGAGCUGAAAUAUAAAGGUUUCAAGUUUUGAGGAAAUGCUAAAAAGACGCUAAAAACAUGAAAACUCUAAAUUCUGUAAACAACGGUUUCCAGUCAGUAAAAUAUUGUUUUCUAGACGUUUUUCAAGUCAAAAAGAAAGAAAUAAAGGUCGUAAACUCGAAUUGAACUGCAUUUUCAGACCUGCAAAUUUUCAAAAGUUACAACGACACUCCGCAAUUUACGAGCGCACUGUGUUUAGCAUUAGCGCCCUGGGAGACCGUGCACGUUUCGCACUGAAAAUACAUGGUUUUUCAUGUUUUCUAUGAAUUUCAGUGCUCAAACGGCAAAAUUUUCGCUAAAAUUUCGUUGCCGCCGAAUGGGUCAUGUUGUGAAACAUUUCGAAAAUGAUAAGCAUGGCGUUGCAAACAAAUAUAAGGAAGAAUUCUUAAGAAUGCAUAGAUUUAGGUUUUACAAACGAGAAAGCAAACAAAAGAGCUGAAAAAGGUCAAAAGAGGAGAAAUGGAGACUGAUUGCAGGCGGCUGAGGGCCACUUCCGAGUGCAUUUGGUGCGCGAUUCGCAAUAUUUGAACGUGAAACUGGAGGAGGGCUCGAAACUGGCGGCCUACUACAAUUCGCUGUUCUGGCACGAGAUCUCGACGGCCAACAAGAUUGGCGUGCCGAGCGCGCGCUUCAAGACGUCGUUCCGCGUGAGCGACGGCGACGUCAAGCACUCGGUGUUCAUCACGCAAAUCGAGAAGACGGGACGGGCGCUUCCUCGAUUGGCGCUUCCGCAAUUGGAGCAAGUGGCUCGGCAGAUUGCUCUGCUGCAUGCGGUCACCGCGCGCCUCAACACGGCAGAAUUCGAGACGGCCGUGCAGGAGAACUACGAGAACAUCAAAGUGUUCCGCAAGAAGAUCAGAAAGGAGAUUGUGGAGGUGUUGGAAUUGGCGCUGACCAACGAGAUUUCGCAGUUUUUCGCCGAACCCACCAGGAUUCUGCAGAAAGUUGGCAUUUUGACACACCACCUGGAGCAUGCGCCGGUCGAAGAAGAGCGCGAAGCGGAGCAUGUGAUCACACACGGCCGCCUCACUGCCGACACGUGCCGAUUCGACGAGCAGGGGAAGCUGGUGGAGCUCACCGAAUGGGAGGUCGGUUUGCAAAUGUGUUUGAGCGUUGUGAGCUUUUUUUUGUUGUAAAUUCUAGAACAUCCACCUCGGAAAUCCAGUGGAAGACCUCGCAAACAUCAUCAUCACAUCCGCGAGCGGCGAAAUCCGGAGAAAGUUCAUGAAAGUGAGUGUCCAGAUGUGCUCCGACAAAAAUUCUUUUGAAGGUGUUCUCCGUGUACUUCUACACACUCAUCGAUCUCCGACCGCCCAACUACCAGCUGCCGGAUCUGAAGCGCUGGUUCCUCGAGCAUCAGGCCGAGCUCGUUGUGAACGGAAUCGAGGGCCUUCUGCUGACGCUCUCCGAAUCGUCGGACUUUGAGCUGAAGAGAGAAUCCGCACGACGAUGGGAGUCCGUGCUGAACGACGCCGUCGAUUUCAUCACCGGCAACUACGUGAGCGACGACGAGCAUGUGUUCCUCGCGCAGAAAAAGGACGAUGAAGAGGAGGAGGAGAAAUGA